AUGCGGAAGAAGAUGCGGAACGCGACGACAGAACGGAAGACCAUUCCAAAAGAAGACUUGCAGAGGUGUUUCCAGCAGUGGAAAGAUCGGUGGUCUAAGUGUAUGGAAGCACAAGGGCCUACUUUGAAGGGGAUUAGGGUCCGAAAUCUGUCAGGUCAGUAUGGCAAGUAUGAAAUAAUGGACAUGCAAAAACAGCUUCGAAAGGACUUCGGCGAUAUUGUGCGGGUCAGCAAAAUCCCUGGCCGUAAGGACAUGUUGUUUCUCUUCGACCCCAAAACUGCGGAAAAGAUGCUUCGAAACGAAGGAAUUUGGCCAAUUCGAGAGGGUAUAAAAACAUUACAUUACUACCGUACAGUGUUGAGAAAGGAAAAAUAUGAAGGUGUUCUUGGAACUAUUACAAGAAUGCGAGAUCUUCGAGACGAAAACAUGGAGCUUCCUGCGGGAUUUAUAAAUGAACUCUACAAGUGGUCCUUAGAAUCAAUCGCCCUGGUGGCGCUGGACACGCGACUGGGUUGCCUGGCGCCCAACCUCGCGCCGGACUCGGAGCCGCAGCGCAUGAUUGAUGCAGUACAGGUAAUGUUCGAGGGGUUUUAUAAACUCGACUUGCAGCCUUCCUUAUGGAGGCUCGUCAGCACUCCCAUGUGGCGGCGAUUGGUUCACGCCUUUGAUUACUUCUAUGAUGUUGCAGAAAAGUACGUCGAUGAAGCAGUGGCCAAGCAGAAAACGAAUCCAGAUAAGGAGCCCAGUAUUUUAGAACGCCUCAUGAAGGAGGAUCCGCGCGUCGCAAAAGUCAUGGCUUCCGACAUGCUCUUCGGAGGAGUGGACACGGUGAGGCAAUUAAUCAAAUACCAUUUUCCUCUUAUGCACAACAGAGAAGACUACAAUACUGAGAUAACUAAAUUUCUGUUACCAAAAAACGCACAUAAGCUACACUAUGUCGCCCUCACACAUAAUGAUCGACUCCACUUUCACUGGUGCGUACUGAAAGGACCAGCCAUUUUACUGUGUUUAAUAAUAUUUUUAUUGCUACCUUUGGAUCUACAGACGUCCCAUUUGGCAGCGUCCCUUCUCUUCCAUCUAGCGAAAUAUCCGAACGUUCAACGGAAAGUGGGGGAAGAGGUGCGCAGAGUCCUUCCGGCCAAACGAAGCCCCGUCACAGAGGACGCCAUGGAGCAGAUGACUUAUCUCAAGGCUUGUCUUAAGGAAUCGCUCAGAGUAUUUCCCAUAGCCAUGGGCAACAUACGAGAAACCCAGAAGGAUAUAGUUCUGAGCGAUUAUCAAGUUCCUAAAGGAGUGGACGUGUUCCUGUGCCACAUGGUGAUGAGCCAGGACGAGCAGCACUACCCGCGCCCCAUGGCCUUCGAGCCCGAGCGCUGGCUGCGGGGCGGGCCCCAGGCGCACACGGCGCACCCGUUCACCACCAUGCCCUUCGGCUUCGGGCCGCGCACCUGCGUCGGACGGCGCUUCGCCGAGCUCGAGGUGCUCACGCUCGUCGCCAAGGUGUUGCGGAACUUUUGGGUGGAAUAUCACCACGGAGACCAGAUCGAAUUCUCAUCCAGAAGCAUCAACACUGUUACUCUUCCUUUGAAGUUCCGACUGGUGGACCACGAGUAACGUGCCUUCAUCAAAAAACGAAAUCUCUAUAUUGAAAUAAAUCAUGAAUACAAGUAGAGACAUAAAAGUGUGAAAUAAUUCAAUAUCAAAAAAAAAAAGCGUUGAAAGAAGAACAGUUGUUACGAAGAUAUAUGUAAUGUAUAUAGAAAUUAGUAAUGCCUUGUAAAUAUUGCAAAUAUUUUCAAAAAAAAUCAACAAAUCUAUAAACAAUACUAUUUCUUUUCGCCCGACAGUACAAACGUGUUCUCUCAUGCUAAUUCUGUAGUACAGAGAUUCUCAGAGCGCGGGACGCCUAUGGUGUAAGUUCAAGGGAGAACCAUUUCCACGGGGAGAUAAAAAGGUGAAAUUAACAAUUUAACUUCAAAGAUAUUACUGUUUCACGUUUUUUUGCAAUAAGUAUUCACACUCGAUUGAUUACAACAGCAAAAAUUGCGAGCCCAUUUUUCAACAUUAGAACCAUGCUCUUUAGUGAACUUGGUCCAGCUUUACGAUACCCUCAGAGGAAAGAAUUGUCGACUGAGUAGCAAGCCUUGUAUGCACUGCUCACUCACUUGAAGGUCGGAGGUAAUUCUUAUGGAUCUUGAAAUGGACCAGUUAAUUGGUAAUUAGACACGACAAGAUGGGAACUGUAUCAGGAUGCUCUGACACCUCAAAAUACUUAUUUUCAAGAGCUUGGACGGCGAAAUGUAGACGCGGGUUGUCCUGUAUAUAAAAAUCGCAAUUUUUUGAAAUUUAGGAGUGUUCAAUAAAAAUGGAACCUGCGCCAUAAUUUUUAGCUUUUUUUCCGCACUCACGGACAACACAACAUUUAACAAACAAAAAUUGAAGUCAUUUUUAAGAAAAUUUGGAAACGGUUGUUGAUACUUUAUGUACCCACUCCACAAAUUAUUUAAUAUACAAGUUAAAUAAUAAAUUAUACAGGUGAAUGCCAUUAGAAUAUGUCUGUCUGUGGUUGGCUUUUCUCUAAAAUUGAUAUUCCCCAAUCGAUCUGACUGAUGUCGCGACCCUUCAAUUUGAAAUCGAAAUUUUAAUUAUAGGG